AUGUACCUAAAUGUUUUUAUGUAUAGUGCUGAAACCGAGAGCGCUUCGGAACCCACUCCAGGGCCGUCGGGGGAACAACAAAGGGUCAAUGUGCAGUCUUCUUUGGCAAUCGAGAUAAAAAAAAAUAAGUCUGGUAAGGCUGCAGACAAUAAAAACAUAAAAAAAAUGAGCGCUGCACAGCGAAAAGAGUUGGCGCACAGCAAAGAUAUAAAACAAGUCGGCAAUUAUAGAAUGCCGGAGUUGCCUACUUCGAAAGGAAAGGGGAAGGGCAAGAGGACGGUACCCGACGAACGACAGUGGAUCACUUGCCCACUGUUGCCCGGUGUGCCCUCCAUCCCUCCAGCAAGGGUCCUUCAGCCAUGGGAAAAGGUUCAGUCUGUGCAUGCGAAGGAGACGACCAACGAUGACGUCAUCCAGGGCACGCCUUCUCCACUUUCCCUGCAAGGACCUUGUCUCGCAGCAGCGGAAGAAAGCCACGAUGAUAUCAUAGAAGGGACGCCUCCAAAAUGUCACCAGGAAGAUUCUUUCCUCGAAUUGACACAAAGGUGUUUGAAGAGGGUGAAAGAGGACAUCAAUUUAACUACUCCUCAAGCGAAGAGAUCAUGCAUUCGCUUCAGCCCAUCCACGGGGAUCGUUCAGGUCAUGGAGGUGUCUUUCCCACCCGUCGUUGCCGACAUUGAACUAAUCAAUUGCACGCCUACAACCAGCACUCGAACGGAAGCAUUCGAUUCCGGCAGGAGCGCCAGAUCUAAUUUGUCCAUCGAGAUUGACGUACAAAUAGAGCGCGACCUGGAGGUCAACAGUGGCAGCGAAAUCGAUGAGGAGGAGAACGUUGUGGAUCGCCUGAUAGGUUGCACCACCGGCGAGGAUGCUCAGAAGCCGUGCCCCACGGAGCUCAAUGAGCUUUUGCAGUUGGACAGCACGGAGGACCAAGCCAUUCGUAAUAUGGCUGCGGGUGACAUGGACGUCCUUAGUUUUAACUGGUGUGCCGAUUACAACAACUUUGAGGGCGUCCAAGAAGAGUUUUCUGGGCCAUCAGGACCAACUUUUGACCACUCGGUUUUGUGGCUGUGGGCUCGGGAAGGUAUAAAAAGUUACGAAUUGUGCGAAUCGCGCACAGGCUACCUCUGGAAGAUGGAGGUAUAUUCUGGCAAGGGGCAUGUUCAUGCUCAGCAAGAAGCAGGUGCAGUACCGGUUGUAGGGUAUGAGGCGGAGAUUGAGCCGGAGAAUGCCACAUCAAAAAUCGUCUAUACAUUGUUACGACCCCUUUUCGGAAGAGGACACACCGUUGUCAUGGACAACUUUUACAACUCCCCACUACUAUCACGGUUACUCAAAUCGCAACACAAAACUGAUACGAUGGGCACUCUUCGGCUCAAUAGGGAGUUCGUCCCUGAAGCAUUAAAGGUCAAAAAUAAAACGACUAUGAAGUCGGGUGAAGUCUUUUUCAGCUCCACCAAAGAUCUGUGUGUGCUCGUGUACAUGGAUAAAAACAUUGUACCGAUGAUAUCUACAUACCAUCGUCCAGAAGUCGGCGGAAUAGAAAAAUACGACCGUCUUCAACUUCGGAGAAGCCAGCAACUUUCUCUCCAAGCAAAGAAACCUUCUUUUGCUUGCCUGUCGAAACUCGCCAAGGGAAUGUAUGUCUCCCUUGAAAGGCAGCGCUACUUCAUAACGGCCAUCGUCAGCGCGAGAGGUCGUACGAGUGUAUAUUUCUUCACAGAUCUUAUCAUCUGGGCUGAGUAUGGGUGGGACGUUCACCUCCUCCAACUCCCAGAAUUUACGAACGGCUAA